CAGCCGGGGACCACAUCCCACUGCCUGCCCAGAGUUCAUCCAUGGAGGUGAGCACCGUGACCCCAUCUCCUGCCUCACCCAUGGAAGGAGCCGAUCUCUGUGAGAUAGAUGUCACCAAUGUGGCCAAACACAGUGUGACACUGCUCAUCUGCCUCUGUGGGCUGGCUGGAAAUGGAGCAGUCCUCUGCCUCUACAGCCUGGAAAGUCACACCUAUGCCAUCUUUGACCUGGCAUUUGCAGACUUCUUCUCCCUUCUCUUCACACUCCCCUCUGCCCUCCUCUUCCUGGUGGAAGACUUCUCCUGCUCUCCUAUCCUGCCCUUGAUGUACGUGAGCUUCCUUUUCCAGCUGUCAGUGAUCUCCUACUUCUGGGGGCUGUACCGGCUGAUGCGCAGCAGCACUGUGGGCGAUAUCAACAACCUGUGCAAACUCUGCUUCCACCGCGAACUUCCCAAGCGCCUGUGGUUGGUGCUGGAAAGUGUCCAACGCUGGGCCUUCUUUGCUCUCUUCACUGUCAUUCCCAUGAUGACAUCCCUGUGCCCGUCCCACGAGCAGGAGCACUGCCGGGCAGCUCUCAUCUCCAUCUACGCUGUCAUCCUGCUCUUCUUUGCUGCACCCGUGGUCAUUUCCCGUGCAAUCGACAUCAUUACAGCAACACGUGGCUCCAAGAAGCAGGAACCCAAGAGGCGACACGUCGUUGUCUUCAUCAUUGUGCUCUUCACUCUCCUCCUCAGUCUCUGCAAUUUCCUGCAGCAGCUCGGAUAUUUCCCUGUGUCCUCUGAGGUGUUUUUCCUGCUCACCUGCAUCCACAGCAGCAUCAAACCCUUCAUCUACUUCCUGGCAGGGAGGUGCUGGAGUCCCUGCUCCAUAGGGUCCCUCCGACUCUCACUCCAGAGGGUUUUUGUGGACAAGGAAGAAAACACUGACUGCAGCGAUGAUGAAAACACAGACACAGUGAUUUGAGCCUGUUGAUCCCUUCCACUGCUCUGCUGCAGGACCUCAGCACAGGUUUCCUUGAGUCACCUGAUUAAUAAAUAUCCACAGCUUCACCCUCCCUGUGCUGGUGUGCUCCUGCAGGAGAAGGGAGCAGGGACAUUGCCAGGGACAAUGUGGGAGGGAUGCUUUGCCAUAGACACAUUGGAGCAUGGCUUUCCUCCUCCCUGCCAUGCCCCCAUGGCUCCAGGCAGUGCAGCUGGGCUCAGUGCUGUUCCCCAGCUCUAUUCCCCAUGGAAUGACCCUCAUUGCCUCAGCCCCAGGGAAUGAACUCAUUCUCCUUUGGCUACCCACAUGAGUUUCAUGGUGUUUUGAGGAAUCUCCUGCCUACAAAGACUGUGAUACACUAAUUAAUGCCUGGGGACACACCCAGCACUGGGUGGUGCUGAUUUCCCAAAUCCCUGCGGGUCUGGUGCCUCUGGAUGGCAGGAGAGGGGUUGGGAUCACAGGGAGCCUCCUUCCCCUUCUGUCCACCAGAGCCAGCCCUGCAUUUCCAGCUGAUGGGCAGAGACACCAGGUAGGGCUGCAGAGCUGGGCAGGGACAGCAACAUUCCCUUGUGCUUUCAGUGGGAAUCUGUCACAUUCUUUAAUUCCAGGAUUGACUUGUUCUGAGUAAAGAGCAGGGUCAAAGGUGACCUCCACUGAACACUUGUGCCUGUGAACAAAAAGAGCUUUUAACAUGGAAAUUCACAUCACCAGGUGCUUGGACUAUUUAAUUGCACAGAAAUUAGGGGUUAUGCUGCUGUUCUGCAGAGUGGGGCCAUCCUCUGGUUGUUCCCCAGCAUCAAAGUCCAAGGAAGCUCUUGACCACCUGAAUCCAGAGCCUGGCCACCUUCAGGAGGAGCUGAACAGCAACUGUGCACACCAACUUCACCCAAAAUCCAUCUUGUACUGAUCUUUGUCAUCUUGUUAUUACCCAUAUGUACAGCAGAGUUGGGUUUAAUUUUUUUACUUGUUUCCAGUGUGAUAUUUCUGACCUCAGAAUUUGUUGAAUAAACAUCAUCCAGGCUUCUCUA